ACUGCCUGUCGGGCGGGUCCAGUGAUGGCUGGCGGAGGCGCCGCUGCUGCGGUCGCUCUGUCACUCGCCGCUCUCCCGGCUGCUACGGCCGCCGCCGCCGCCCCAGGACCGGUUUUGGGGCGCUGCCCCCCCGCCACUGCCAUGGCCGAGGAUGAGAACGCGGAGUCCCUCAGCGAAGGGUCAGGAUGGCUGUCCAGUUGGUUACCUGCAUGGUGUCCUACAUCACUGGUACAUCUUAAAGAUGCUGAAGAUAAAAUAUUGAAAUGUAUCACAAGUACAUAUAGCAAACAAUAUGUCUUCAUAUCCAAUGGAAAUAAAAUAUGGACGCUAACGUUCUCUCAGAAUUUUUCACAGAAAACUCCACUUGUUCUUCUCCAUGGGUUUGGAGGUGGUGUUGGACUUUGGGCUCUGAACUUCGAAGAACUUUGUGAAAAUAGGACUGUAUAUGCAUUUGAUCUCUUGGGAUUUGGCCGCAGUAGUAGACCAUACUUUGACACUGAUGCAGAAAUAGCAGAAAAUCAGUUUGUAGAAUGUAUUGAAGAAUGGAGACGGAAAAUGGGAUUGGACAGAAUGAUUUUACUUGGGCACAACCUGGGUGGAUACCUGGCAGCUGCUUACUCACUGAAAUACCCAUCAAGAGCAAAACAUCUUAUACUAGUGGAACCAUGGGGUUUCCCUGAAAGGCCUUCCAGUGCCGAACAUGAAAGGCCUAUUCCAAUUUGGAUCAAAGCACUUGGAGCAAUUUUGAGUCCAUUUAAUCCAUUGGCUGGUCUCAGAUUAGCAGGGCCUUUUGGAUUGAGCCUUGUGCAGCGUAUUAGGCCAGACUUUAAGAGAAAGUAUUCUUCCAUGUUUGAUGAUGAUACAGUCACAGAAUAUAUCUACCACUGUAAUGUGCAGUCACCAAGUGGAGAAACAGCUUUCAAGAACAUGACAGUUCCGUAUGGAUGGGCAAAAAGGCCAAUGCUGCAGCGGAUCGCUCACAUGCACCAAGACAUUCCUAUCACCGUGAUUUAUGGAGCACGAUCAUGUAUAGAUGGCAAUUCUGGGGCCACCAUCCAGUCUCUGCGACCAAAUUCCUAUGUGAAAACAAUAGCUAUUCUUGGUGCAGGUCAUUAUGUGUAUGCUGAUCAACCUGAAGAAUUCAACCAGAAAGUAAAAGAGAUCUGCAAUUCUGUGGACUGACAAGAAUCUGCUUUUGGAAAAGCAAGCCACAAGAUACAGCUCACAGCAAUAGCAUGUAGUAUAUUCAAAAGUUAAGGAAUACAGACAUUUAAAAACAAAACAGAUUUUGUUUGCACCAUGUCUUUCAUUGGUAUUUGCGCACUUUAAACCAUGCAGUGCCUUCUGCUGGGAUGGGGAACUUUAACCACCCCACACAUGCAAAUUUGUACAUUUUAGUUUGAUCUUGUUCUUUAUAUAUUUAGAUAAAGUAUUUUGUCUAUAUAAAUAUUAAAAAAUUUUAAAACUGGAUUUUAACCAAAUUUUGCAGAAUAUAGAGCAUUUUAAAUUGUGCUCUGCACAUACAUCAAAAUUUUCUGCAACAUUCAUGCAAAAUGCUGGGUAAAACAGCAAUUUGUCUACUUCAGCAUAUGUUGCAGUCUUCAUACACUGAACUUUGUAAGAAUGUGAAAACAAUUCACAAUUGUCUCUUUAAAUAGGAAGAUUGUAUAUAGAAUAUCUUCGCAUUUUAUUGUACCUUAUGAAAUGGACUUUGCCAAAAUAAUUAACACUGGCAAGCACCAAGGAGGAAAAAAAUAGGAUGAAUUGGGAAAAGACUGAGUAAUGCUGAUUUGUUUAUUUUAUUUUUUAUUUUAUGUUUUGUUUUUCCUUCUUGGAACCUUUGUUGUUCACUACAGUACCUAGUUAUGAAUGUUGAGUUUCUGAGGGGGCUUCAUUUUGUAAUAUAACUGAUAUGUGCUGUUAAAGAAAUGAAGUAGAAUUCAGUGGAUUAAAAGAUGAAAUGCCUUCUUAGUUGCAUGUCAGUAUCGUUAACAAAAGACCAAUUUCUGACUUGAUUCUUACAUUUUUACAUGAUAGCAAGAAUUGCAUGUUUAAUUAGCACCCCUCUCCCUGGACGAAAAUGUGUCAGUAAUUUUGGAUGAGUAUGCUUUCUCGUAUAACUUAUUAAGAUUUUGAACCACUCAGACUGGAAAAAUUCUGAUGCAGAUAAAAAGAAAGUUACCUUCAUCAACAGGUACCUUGUAAGAAGGCAUUUCAGAUUAAAUAAUGCAAAUGAAUAAAAAACCCAUGAUCUUACCUCAGAAUGUUAAUAAAAUGUGUAAUUUUAUGCAGCAUUUUCAGGUAUGAGCUGGUUCAUUACAAAACUGAGUUUUUAGAUACUUGAUUAAAAUAAGGUAAAAAAACUUAUUUCCAGCAUAAAGCAAAUGGAGUGGUUUGUAAACUAGACUGUCUGCAUUUACUUGUAAGUUUUUCAUUGUUGAAAUAACACAAACUUUUAUCUUUCUUAACAUAAUAUCUUCAAAUAAAUCUGUAGUAAUUCUUAAA